AUGGGGCCCAAGACGCGUGCGCCUGACUAUAGUAGUGCCCCGGAUGCCAAGCAUCUGUUGGAUAUGAUUGGGAAAGACGUGCACGAAAAAGCGAAAAGUGAAGCUAAAAAUUAUAUUGAGGAAUUGAAAGGAGAUUUGAACACAGCAAAUGGUCGUAGUUCGGAAACAAGAUACACCACAGAUACGUGCACCCUUGUAAAAGAAUAUUAUACUACACGUCUUGGUGUUAACAAUGAAAGGAAUCCGUGCAAAGGGUUAAGUGGAAUAAUUGUAGAACGUUUUUCGGAUACACUUGGUGGCCAAUGCACUGAUCAUAGAAUAAAAGGUAAUAAUCGUAAUGUAACUGGUGGAGCAUGUGCUCCAUAUAGAAGAUUGCACGUAUGCGACAAAAAUAUGGAAAAAAUACCAACGUCGAAGACGUCUACUGACACAUUGUUGGCAGAAGUGUGUUAUGCAGCAAAAUAUGAAGGGGACUCAAUUUCAGGUCGUUAUCGACAACAUCAACUGACUAAUAAGGGUUCUCAACUAUGUACCGUAUUAGCACGAAGUUUUGCAGAUAUAGGUGAUAUUGUCAGAGGAAGAGAUCUGUAUCUGGGUUAUGAUGAUAAAGAAAAAGAAAAAAGAGAUCAAUUAGAAAGUAAGUUGAAAGUUAUUUUCGGUAAUAUAUAUGGUAAUUUGGAUAAAAAUAAUCGCUACAAUGAUGAUACUCCAGAGUAUUACAAAUUAAGAGAAGCUUGGUGGGACGCAAAUCGCGCCAAAGUAUGGGAAGCUAUCACAUGUGAUGCACCAGAUAAUGCUAAAUAUUUUCGAGGAACAUGUGGUGGUGAUGAUGAAAAAACUGGAACUCAGGCUAUUCACAAAUGCCGCUGUACCAAGUCAAGUGGCGGAAAGCCCGGCAAAAAUGAGACCGACCAGGUCCCCACAUAUUUCGAUUAUGUGCCGCAGUUUCUUCGCUGGUUCGAGGAAUGGGCCGAAGAUUUCUGUCGUAAAAAAAAACAUAAAUUAAAAGAUGUUAAAACAAAUUGUCGUAAUGAUGAAGAACAAAGGUAUUGUAGUGGUAAUGGAUUUGAUUGCACAAAAACUAUAUAUAAAAAAGGUAGAAUUGUUAUAGGUGAACAUUGUACAAAGUGUUCUGUUUGGUGUCGUAUGUAUGAAUCUUGGAUAGAUAACCAGAAAAAAGAAUUUCUAAAACAAAAAAGAAAAUACAAAACAGAAAUAUCAGGUGGUGAUGGUGGGGGUAGUAGCAGGAAAAAACGGGUUGCACGUAGUAGUAGUAGUAGUGAUGAUAAUGGGUAUGAAAGUAAAUUUUAUAAAAAACUGAAAGAAGUUGGCUACCAAGAUGUCGAUUCCUUUUUAGAAAAAUUAAAUAAUGAAGAAAUAUGCAAAAAAAUUACUGAUGAAAAAGAAAAUAUUGAUUUUAAAACAGCUGAUAAUAGUCUUAAUAAAAAUAUUAAUAAAGAAGGAACAUUUUAUCAUUCGAAAUAUUGUGAAGUAUGUCCCGGAUGUGGGGUCGAACGUAAUGGUAGUGGAUGGGAAGAGAAAAGUGGUGGUACAUGCGAUGUUAAAAAACCUUAUAAGAUUCGAGAUGAUGCCCCGUUUAAUGAUAUCAACGUCCUUUCCUUCGGUGAUAAAGGAAAUGAGAUAAAACAAAAAAUUGACAAGUUUUGCAAAACACAAAACGGUAAUAGUGGUAAGGCUAGUUCUAGUGGUAGUGGUGAUUGUGGUACUAAUAUUGAUUCUUCUUUGUGUGAACCAUGGAAAUGUUAUAAAGGUGAAGAUGUAAUGAAACCUGAAGAUGAUGAUGACCAACAAGAUUAUGAAAAUAUGAAAAAUGCAGGCGGAUUAUGUAUAUUGCCAAACCCCAAAAAACAUGAAAGUGAAAAAAAGACUGCAGACGAACCUGCUGAAUUCCAAAAGACAUACAAUGAUUUUUUUUACUUUUGGAUAAGACGUUUUUUGAACGAUUCUAUGUAUUGGAGAGGCAAAAUUGGGGGAUGCUUAAAAAAUAAAUCAGAAAAAUGUAAAAAUGAAUGUAAUACAAAUUGUGAUUGUUUUAAAAAAUGGAUUGGAAAAAAGAAAGAAGAAUGGGACAAAAUAAAAAAACAUUUUAAAACGCAAGAUUUUGGCAGUAAAGGAUUUCUUGGCCAAUUUGGUUACGAUGAAGUUCUUAAAUAUGUUUUGAACAUAGAUGAACUUUUCAAAGAUAUUAAAGAUGGUUAUGGGAAUGCAAAGGAAUUAGAAGGAAUUAAGAAACUGUUGGAAGAGGAAGAAAGAAAAAAUCAAGUAGAAGCAGCUGAUGGUGGUGCCAGUAGUGGCAAGGACAAUACCACAAUUGAUAAAUUACUAAAACAUGAAGAACAAGACGCCACCAAAUGCAAGGACUGCAAACCACCAGAAGAAAGUCUCGCUCGUGCCGAAGUAGCAGGUGACAACAUCCCCAAAAAAGAGGAUUCCGACGAAGAGGAAGAAGAAGAGGAGGAAGGCACGGAAGGGACGGGGGAGGUGGAGGAAAACGUCGAGGAGGACAACACGGAGAACAAGGACCAGGAGGAUGUAUCGGGGGAGGGAUCAAAAGAGGCGGAGAAGGAACCAACGGCAAAAAAAGACGAAGCGGAGAAGGUGUGCGAAACAGUGAAAAGCGCACUCACUGGUGACGAUCUCACAAAGGCGUGCCAACAAAAGUACCAAUAUGGUAAGGAAAAAUUCCCCAAUUGGAAAUGUAUACCAAGUGGUGACAAAACAGACACAAGUAGUGAGAGUGAAAGUCCCCCACGUCAACGACGUGACACCACUAGUGGUGUCGUUACAACCGCCCCAUCUAGUGCUAAAAGUGGUGACACUACUGGUAGUAUUUGUGUGCCACCCAGGAGGCGAAAACUAUAUAUAGGUAAAAUAAAAGAGUGGGCAGGAAUACAGUUGAAAUCACAGGUAGAAGGUGGUGGUACUGGCAAACAGUCAUCACAACUACAACAACAACAACAACAACAACAAGAACAACAACAACAACAACAACAACUAAAACCACAAUCACCAGUAGCUAGUAAUUCCACUUUGACCACUUCGGCCAAGCAGUCGCCGUCCAACCCACGCGCCGACGACUUGCGUGAUGCGUUCAUCCAAUCUGCGGCAAUAGAGACGUUUUUUUUGUGGCAUAGAUAUAAGAAAAUAAAAGAAAAAGAGAAAAAAGAAAAACAAGAGGAAGCACAAGGAAACGUAUAUACACAAACCGACGAAAACAAAAACAAGGACCCCCAAAACGAACUAAAUGGUGGCAAAAUACCUGAUGGUUUCCUGCGACAGAUGUUUUAUACAUUAGCAGACUACAAAGAUAUAUUAGAAGGGAAGAAUAUAGUGGUGGACAUGUUAAGCGGUAAUGACAAAGACACUAUGAAAAAAAUACAAGCGAAAAUAGAUGAAAUUCUCCCAAAAAAUGGCACAUCUCCUGGUUCAUCUAGUGGUAACGACCCCGAAUCCUGGUGGAAAAACCACGGUGAACAUAUCUGGAAUGCUAUGGUAUGUGCCUUAACCUAUACAGAUAGUGAGGCAAAAGAACAACCACCAAUACAGGAUAAAGAAGUGAAAAAGGCACUUUUGGAUAAAGAGGGCGCCUCCAACGAGCCCAUCUCCCAAUACCAAUACAAAACUGUGGAACUUAAAGAAGAAAGUAGUGAUACCAAACCCCAAAUCGCCUCAGCCCCUAGUGAUACACCCACCCUCAACAACCCCAAAUUGACAGAAUUUGUGGAAAUACCCCCAUUUUUUAGAUGGUUACAUGAGUGGGGAAGCGACUUUUGUGAUAAAAGGGCGCGGAUGUUGAAAAACGUGAAAAAAGCAUGUAGAGAAAAGGGUGAUGAUGAAUACAAAUGUAGUGGGGAUGGACAUGAUUGUACUAAAAACGGAAACCUUGGACAUCAUAAGAUGCUUGAAGAUCCAAAUUGUCCGCGUUGUUAUGAACAAUGUAGAAAAUAUAGAAAAUGGAUAGAUAUAAAAUUCGAAGAAUUUCAUAAUCAAAAACAUAAAUAUCAAGGGGAAUAUGAUAAAUUAAAAGUCAAUUCUAGUGUGGAUUAUAAAAAAUUACAAGGUUAUUCUACUGCUGCAGAUUUUUUGAAAGAAUUGAGACAUUGCAAAGAUGGUCAAACUAGUGAGGAAAAAGAUAAUGAUAAUAAAAUAGAUUUUAAGGAACCUCUUAAGACGUUUGGUCAUUCAAAAUAUUGUGAGAUGUGUCCUUCAUAUGAAGUUAAUUGUAAUGGUAGACGUGCUAGAAGUGGUGGUAAUGAUCAAUGUACACCAGUUAACGGAAAUGGGAAUACGUGGGACAGUGUUUUUGAAGGAAUAAGUGGAAACGGUGAAAACAGUACUAUUACCGUAGAAAUGAUUGAUCGUAGGGGACCGUUUAUUAAAGAGUAUUCAAAAGAUUUAAAAAAUUCAGAACAAUCAAAAGAUUCAAAUGAUUUAUUUAAAACAUCACGUUUAUUUAAAGGUAUAAGAAAACAAGAAUGGACUUGUAAAUAUAAAGGCGAAAAUAUGGAUCUGUGUAAACUAAAUAAUUUUAAUAAAGUAAUAGACCUUAAUGACUAUACUACAUUUAAAGUAUUGCUAAUAUAUUGGUUAGAAGAUUUUAUAGAAGGUUAUUAUAUAUUGAAAAAAAGAAAAGUAUUCGAACAAUGUAAAGAAAAUGGAGGAAAUAAAUGUAGUGAAGAAUCUAAAAAAAAUUGUGCAUGUGUGAAAGUAUGGGUAGAUCAAAAGAAAGAGGAGUGGGAUCAAAUAAGAACACAUUUUAAUAAUCGAAAUCAAAGAAAAGGUGACGAUGACAUGAAAUCUUCGGUUAAAAAGAUUUUGGAUCCCUUGAUAUAUAGAAUGGAUCUUAAAAAUGGUAAACGAAAGUUUGAUGAGUUAACAGACUUCCUGAAGGCAUAUGAAUGUAAAUGCGUUGACAACGCAGGAAAUAGUGAGAAGGAUGUUGUAGAAUGUUUGCUUGAAAAUCUUAAAACAAAAGCAACAUCUUGUCAAACCCAACACCAACCUAGUGGCAAACCAGGUCAAACGUGUGAAAACCCCAUCACCCCCCCUGAUGAUGAGGACUUAGUCCUUGAAGAAGAACAAAACCCAGAAAAUAUGCGACCGGGAUUUUGUCCGCCACAAACACCAGCACAACAAGAGGAAACAGAUGGCACUUGUGAUGCAGUCGCUCCUGGUGCAGCCAAAAAAGCGGAAGAAGAAAGUGGCAUCCCCCCAGCAGCAGAACCCGAAGCCGAUAAAGGCCCAGAACAAGCCGAUACAGAGAAAAAAGUCCCACCAAAAGCAGCCCCAGCACGACCAAAAGAUAAAAAACGACCCAAACGACAACCCCGUAAUGUAUUGGAGCACCCCGCGGUUAUACCCGCCCUCAUGUCUUCUACCAUCAUGUGGAGUAUUGGCAUCGGUUUUGCUGCAUUCACUUAUUUUUAUCUAAAGAAAAAAACCAAAUCUACUAUUGAUCUUUUGCGUGUCAUUAAUAUCCCCAAAAGUGAUUAUGAUAUACCGACAAAACUUUCACCCAAUAGAUAUAUACCUUAUACUAGUGGUAAAUACAGAGGCAAACGGUACAUUUACCUUGAAGGAGAUAGUGGAACAGAUAGUGGUUACACCGAUCAUUAUAGUGAUAUUACUUCAUCUUCCGAAAGUGAGUAUGAAGAGAUGGAUAUUAAUGAUAUAUAUGUACCACGUGCUCCUAAAUAUAAAACGUUGAUAGAAGUAGUACUAGAACCUAGUGGUAAGAACACAACAGCUAGUGGUAAAAACACACCUAUUGAUACACAAAAUGAUAUACAAAGUGAUGGUAUACCUAGUAGUAAAAUUACAGAUAAUGAGUGGAAUACAUUGAAAGAUGAAUUUAUAUCUAAUAUGUUACAAAGUGAACAACCAAAUGAUGUACCAAAUGAUUAUAGUAGUGGUGAUAUUCCAUUCAAUACACAACCGAAUACUUUAUAUUUUGAUAAACCUGAAGAAAAACCUUUUAUUACUUCUAUUCAUGAUAGAAAUUUACUUAGUGGAGAAGAAUACAGUUAUGAUAUGAGUACUAAUACUAUGGAUGAUCCAAAAUAUGUAUCAAAUAAUGUAUAUUCUGGUAUUGACCUAAUUAAUGAUUCAUUAAAUAGUGGUAAUCAACAUAUUGAUAUAUAUGAUGAAUUAUUAAAACGAAAAGAAAAUGAAUUAUUUGGAACAAAUCAUGUGAAACAAACAAGUAUACAUAGUGUUGCCAAACCUAUAAGUGACGACCCCAUCCACAAUCAAUUGAAUUUGUUCCAUACAUGGCUAGAUAGACAAAGAGAUAUGUGCCAACAGUGGAAUAAUAAAGAGGAAGUAUUAGAUAAAUUAAAAGAAAAGUGGGAAAAUGAGACACAUAGUGGUGACAUAAAUAGUGGUAUACCUAGUGGUAAACUAAGUGAUACACCUAGUGAUAACAACAUACAUAGUGAUAUUCAUCCUAGUGAUAUACCUAGUGGUAAACAAAGUGAUAUACCUAGUGAUAACAACAUACAUAGUGACAUACCAUACGUGUUAAAUACUGAUGUUUCCAUACAAAUACAUAUGGAUAAUCCUAAACCUAUAAAUCAAUUUACUAAUAUGGAUACUAUCUUGGAGGAUCUGGAUAAAUAUAAUGAACCUUAUUAUGAUGUGCAAGAUGAUAUUUAUUAUGAUGUAAAUGAUCAUGAUACAUCAACUGUGGAUACUAAUGCUAUGGAUGUACCUAGUAAAGUACAAAUUGAAAUGGAUGUAAAUACCAAAUUGGUGAAAGAGAAAUAUCCUAUAGCAGAUGUAUGGGAUAUAUAA